AUGACCAUUACUGCUGAUCUGAAUGUGAGGUUGGUGAAUGGUGGCAGUCGUUGUGCUGGUAGAGUUGAGGUUCUUCAUGAUGGUCAGUGGGGAACAGUGUGUGGGAAUGACUGGGAUCUGACAGAUGCUGCAGUGGUGUGUAAAGAGCUGGACUGUGGAGAGCCUCUAGUUAUUGUUCACUUUGGAGAAGGAUCAGGACCAAUCUGGAUGGAUAAUGUGCACUGUAAUGGAUCAGAGUCCUCACUGAAGAACUGUACAUCAAGUGGAUGGGGUGUUAAUAACUGUUAUCAUAGUCUUGAUAUUGGGGUCAUCUGCUCAAAUUUGAAUGUGAGGUUGGUGAAUGGUGAUCGUCCUUGUGGUGGUAGAGUUGAGGUUCUUCAUGAUGGUCAAUGGGGAACAGUGUGUGGUAAUGGUUGGGAUCUAACAGAUGCUGCGGUGGUGUGUAGAGAGCUGGACUGUGGAGAUGCUCUGGGUAUUUCUCACUUUGGAUCAGGAUCAGGACCAAUUUGGAUGGAUGAUUUGGACUGUAAUGGAUCAGAAUCCACACUGAUAAAGUGUAGAUCGAGAGAGUGGGGUGUUAGUGAUUGUGCUCAUGAUAAAGAUGUUGGAGUUAUUUGCUCAAAUUUAAGUGUAAGGUUGGUGAAUGCUGAGAGUCCUUGUGCUGGCAACGUGGAGGUUCUUCAUGGUGGUCUGUGGGUUACAUUAUGUGGUCGUGUUUGGGAUAUGAAAGAUGCUGCAGUGGUGUGUAGAGAGAUGGGCUGUGGAGAGCCUCUGGGUACUGCUCACUUUGGUCAAGGAUCAGGACCAAUAUGGACUGAACGAAUGCAAUGCAAUGGAUCAGAGUCCACACUGAAGAACUGUGGAUCAAGUGGAUCGGCUGUUCAGUAUUGUGGUCAUGAUCAUGAUGCUGGAGUCAUUUGCUCAAAAUUGAAUGUGAGGUUGGUGAAUGGUGGCAGUCCUUGUUCUGGUAGAGUUGAGGUUCUUCAUGAUGGUCAAUGGGGAACAGUGUGUGAUGAUGACUGGGAUCUGAGAGAUGCUGCAGUGGUGUGUAAAGAGGUGAACUGUGGUGAGGCCGUACAGGUGCUUUAUGGGGCUCACUAUGGACCAGGAUCAGGACCAAUCUGGAUGGAUGAAGUGGACUGUAAUGGAUCAGAGCCCACACUGGAGAACUGUAGAUCAAGUGAAUGGGGUGUCAGUGAUUGUGCUCAUGAUAAAGAUGUUGGAGUUAUCUGCUCAGAUUUGAUUGUGAGGUUGGUGAAUGGUAGCAGUCCUUGUGCUGGUAGAGUUGAAGUUCUUCAUGGCCGUCAAUGGGGAACAGUGUGUGACUUUAGUUGGGAUCUGACAGAUGCUGCAGUGGUGUGUAGAGAGCUGGGCUGUGGAGAAGCUGUACAGAUGUUUCAUGGAGCUCACUUUGGAGAAGGAUCAGGACAGAUCUGGAAGGAUUAUAUGCGAUGUGGUGGAUCAGAGUCCACAUUAAAGAAGUGUAGAUCAAAUGAAUGGGGUGUUCACUAUUGUACUCAUAUUCGUGAUGCUGGAGUCAUCUGUUCGGGUGAACUUGUUGCUGGUUCUCAUUUGUGCUCUGGGAGAGUUGAGAUGGCUCGUGGGAACACCUGGAUGUCAGUGUGUGAUGCUGUGUUUGAUGAUCAGGAUGCAGAGGUUGUGUGUAGAGAGCUGAACUGUGGGGUUCCUGUACAGCUGCUGGGUGCAGAUACUUUUGGUAAAGGAGAGGGGCAGGUGUGGACACAAGAGAUUCAAUGUAGAGGAAAUGAAUCUCAAAUAAACUUCUGUCCACAACAAUCUUCAAACAAGAACAACUGUUCACAUGACAAUGAUGUGGGAGUAAUUUGCUCUGGUUACACAGCACUCAGACUGGUGAACGGCUCUGAUAUCUGCUCUGGUCGAGUUGAGCGUCAGUAUUUCAGUAAAUGGGGCUCAGUGUGUGAUGAGUGCAUGAAUAUGAGAGCUGCCAAUGUCCUCUGUAGAGAGCUGAAUUGUGGGAUUGCUGUGUCUGUUGUGGGAGUGGACUGGUUUGGAGAGGGAUCUGGUGAAAUCUGGGCUGAUGUGUUUGAUUGUCAGGGGAAUGAAACAAAACUCUCAGAAUGUUCAAUCUCUUCAUGGAGUCGAGCUGAAUCCUCUCAUAAACAAGAUGUUGGAGUCAUUUGUUCUAGUGAGUGAACUUCACUCUGUCAUUAACAUGAAGUUACUGU